AUGCUGCGCACUAGCAAAGCUCUAAAACAGUGUUUAGAAAGCGAGGCAAAGGAAUCGUUGUGGAGCCGAUUAUCCAACGAAGCGAAAAGUUUUUUUACUGAUAUCGCCGAAGCAUUCGACAAUCAGUAUGAACAACCAAAGAUGACAAUAGCUGAAAAUCAGAAAUUGUCGGCAGUUGCUCUGCGGAGGGAUCUAAAACGAUGCUAUAGUUUUCUGCAUCCUCUUGUCGAAGUUGGUGCCGCACUAUACGACACUCUUCUUUGGAAACAUCCGAUAAACACUUUACUUUUAGCAUUGGGACAUUCCGUUAUUUUCAGAAACAUUGACAUUGGACUAAAUUUCCUCCCACGGAAAGAGGUUGCCAUGCCAAAAUUCGAUAUAACAGGAGCUCAACUGAUUUUUGACGUAGCCAAAGUUGCGCAAAACUUGCUAAACUUUGCUGCCAAUUUUCUCGAAAAGUUGCACAGUUUGUUAACAUGGAAAGACGUUCACGUUACUUUUGUGUUUUAUUGUUUAGUUAUUUAUUGGUUGGCCUUGUCAAUGAUAUUUAACACUGGAACAUGUUUGGGAAUGUGUGGUCUCACUCUUGGAGUCCGCAUCUUCAUCACUACCUAUCUCUUCCAUCGCUUUCCUCGGCUGAGAAAAAGAUUGGAUACUUACGGUUGGUUUUAUCACAAUCUCCCUGUGAAAGCGGCACGUAACGGCCCCGCAACGGUUUCCACAGCCCCUGACGGAUUGUCCCUUCUAGCAAAUAAAACGAACUCUCCUUUACGUCGGCGUCCUGUCAAUGCGAAUGGGCUAUUUACUUCACGACUAGGGUCAAACUUCAACUUACUGGAGACUGGUUCACAACACAACCUUACGCAGAACAACGGAUCAGCGCUUGGGGUACAUAAUCUCGUUAAAAAAUGGUCAGCACCGAAUCUGCGAGCAACUUGUAAGGAUUCCACGGAUUGCUUGAAUGAUCAGUCCAGCCCAAUUCCUCAUCUUGGAGACGAAUGCACUACGAAGAUGACCGCGGACAGCUUUGACUCACUGAUUCUUCCCAUACCUCCACGUUCCACUCGUGCUGGCAUAUCGCCACUAGCUCUUGUAACGAAUAGCCCAGCACCACCACAAGAUCCUCCGCCAAGUGAGAGGACUUCGCUGUUGGAAGAGGAGAUUAUGACAGAAUCAUCAUCGCGACUCUCCUUCUACUCAAACGUCGAGGACGAGUCCGUGCUAGAAGACCCCAUGAUAGAGAAUGUACUAGCCUGUAAGUUUCUGAGAAAUUUAAAAUUUUUUGUAGAACUGUUUCAAUUCACUAAAAUUUUGUUUUUCAAAAAAGUUUAACU